AUGUUCCCAGCAGCCGCGUACAACACCAACCCGAACGUUGGGUCUGUUCUCGACACCAACGCCCCGUACAUUCCUGCCGUUUCUCCUGCUGUUGCUGCUGCCGUUAGUAGUGGUGGUGGUGGUGGUGGUCUUUUACCGCCGUCUUUGGAUGAAGUGGAGAUUCUUCCAAUUGGCAGCGGAGGUGAAGUUGGGCGAUCGUGUGUGGUGGUUCGCUACAAGGGACGUUCUGUCAUGCUGGACUGUGGGAAUCACCCGGCGAAGAGUGGAUUGGAUUCGCUCCCAUUCUUUGACAGUAUUCGCUGUGAUGAGAUUGAUCUUGUUCUUAUCACACACUUUCAUUUGGAUCACUGUGGAGCAUUACCGUACUUUUGUGAACAGACAUCCUUUAAAGGACGUGUCUUCAUGACAAGUGCAACUAAAGCUUUUUAUAAAAUGGUAAUGAAUGAUUUUUUACGCGUCGGUGCUAGCGCUAAUGAUAUUGUAACAAAUGAAUGGUUACAAAGUACAAUUGAAAAAAUUGAAACGGUUGAAUAUCAUGAAGAAGUAACGGUUAAUGGUAUUCGAUUUCAACCUUUUAAUGCUGGACACGUACUUGGUGCGGCUCUCUUUAUGGUGGAUAUUGCCGGUAUGAAGACACUCUACACAGGCGACUUCUCACGGGUUCCCGAUCGUCACUUGUUGGGAGCGGAGGUCCCGCCCUAUUCACCGGAUAUUCUCAUCGUGGAGAGUACAAAUGGAAUCCGUGAAUUGGAAUCCCGUGAGGAACGCGAAGGACUCUUCACGACGUGGGUUCAUGAUGUUGUGAAGGGUGGUGGUCGUUGUUUGGUUCCCGUCUUUGCAUUAGGACGAGCACAGGAAUUAUUAUUGAUUCUUGAAGAGUAUUGGGAAGCACAUAAGGAAUUACAACAUAUUCCUAUUUACUACGCUUCUUCUUUGGCGCAGCGGUGUAUGAAAUUAUAUCAAACCUUUGUUAGCGCUAUGAAUGAUCGUGUUAAACAACAACAUGCAAAUCAUCGUAAUCCAUUUGUUUUUAAGUAUAUUCAAUCUCUUGUGGAUACUCGAUCUUUUGAAGAUACAGGACCGUGUGUUGUAUUAGCCUCACCUGGUAUGUUACAAUCUGGUAUUUCUUUGGAAUUAUUUGAAAGAUGGUGUGGUGAUAGACGUAAUGGUAUUAUUAUUGCAGGAUAUUGUGUGGAUGGAACGAUUGCCAAAGAUGUUCUUUCCAAACCAAAAGAAAUUACUAAACCAGGUGGUAAGGUACUUCCUCUUCGUAUGCGAACUAUUCAAUCCGUUUCAUUUUCUGCACAUUCAGAUGGAAGACAAACACGUGAUUUUAUUCAAGCACUUCCCAAGACACAACAUGUUAUUCUUGUUCAUGGAAAUGUUGGUGCAAUGGGACAGUUAAAAAAUAAAUUACAACAAGAUUUUACAGAACGUGGAGUUAAAGUAUAUGCUACUAAGAAUCAAGAAGUUAUUCGUAUUCCAUUCAGUGUUCAACGUACGGCAAAGGUUAUGGGUACUUUAGCGAGUACUCCGGCGAAAGAUGGUGGAUUUGUCAGUGGAGUAUUACUUGUUUCUGGACAACAUGCCUAUAGUGUUGUUCACCCAACCGAUAUUCCACUCUUUACAGAUCUUGAUGUAGCCCAAAUUAAUCAAUCUAUGGUAUUACCACUUCCUCGCUAUAAGUCUGCUUUAGAGGUACUGGAAGUGUUACAACGUUAUUUUGAACAAAGUCAAAUGUUUGAAGAAGUAACACCAAAACAACAAACAUAUGAUGCAACGAAUACAGAAAAUAAUAAUGAAAAAGAAGAUGAACAGUCUACAAGUACGACACGUAUUGCUGUUUCUAAAGAAGUGUGGGUAGAUGUACAACAGAGUGCAAGAUCUCAAACGACUCUUACUAUAACUUGGACAGCAAGUCAUCGUAAUGAUCUUCUCGCAGAUGUAACAUGUAUUGCUUUAACAAAGAUUAUGCAUGAUGAACUUACCACAGAGAAUACAGAUCCACUUCCUGUUGAUAUUACUGGUAAUGAUCGCCUCUUUCGUUUGAAAUGUUUUCAUCACAUGAUGUCUCAGUUUUAUCCAUCUGUGACGACCAAUCUUGGUACAGGGGUUUGUGUAUUAACCCUUGAGGAUGGGGAAACGGCAACCAUUACCGACUGUAUUGAGAUUGACUUGCAGGAUAGUAAAAAGUCUGCAUACUCUUCACCUGAAGUUGAGCGUCUUAAGAGUAUUUUAAAACGUGUGUAUCUGACAUUAUUUCCCAUUCCUGUUGAUCAGGGUUGGUGUGAUUGUGGCAUUAUACACGGUGCAGAACCUGUGCCAGAAGAGGCAGUCUAA